AUGGAUACCAUUACGUUUGUUCACCCUUCUGCUCCUAGUCUGGCUCUACAUCAUAUUGAGACUUCGAGCAGUUCAACCUCAUCUUCGAGCAGUUCGUCUCCAUCCUCGAGAGACCCAACAGGUCCAUCAUCGCAGUCAAAGCAUGCUCCGUCUGCCCGCGCUGCACCGGUGGCAGAUGAGGCCAAUAAGAAGGAUCCAUCCAGGCCAAGCUUCUUGGACUACCUCCCGAUGGCGGCUGCAGCAUCUGCAAUCGUUGGUCUCACAUUGCUUCUCAAGGUGGUCCCAGGCACUCCCAGAGUGUACGAGCGGACCUGGUUGUUUUCCGUGCGGCGUGACGGGAGGUGGACAGCAAGAGCCUUGACUGAUCCGUGGAUCAGCAACAUGUUCCUAAAAGAUACCCUCAUCACUCUGCUCGUUUGUGUUAUUGCAAGUUUACUCUGGAAUCUCUUCAACUUCGCCGUCUGGUGCUCUCGCGGCACGUCAAAGGGCAUCCAUCCCGGGGUACAGAUUGCUUUCCAUCUCCUAUUUUGCCUCAUCCUCAUGGCCUUUGCCAUCAUCGGUUUCAUGCUAGCCGAAGCAGACAUGAAGCCUCAGAACCCUGGCGCGAGAUAUUGGUUGAGCAACGUGCGCACGGUCUAUUACGCAGGCCCUCACGAUCGUGGUUCUUCCAUGGAGGAGAGUUGGAGUUGGUGGAAUCCGUGGGGGUGGAGUCUAUCGGAGCACAGUGACGAUACGAACAUGAGUUGGAGGUGGUGGGGCAUGGGUCUACCAGACCACGGCAAACAUGGGGUCAAGCUGUACCUGGUACAGGGCGGCUGUGUCGCUGGCUUCAUUUUGACCGUCCUCCACUUCUUGAUGUUCCUCAGAGCGUGUUACCUGCUCAACCACCGCCGGAAGAAGCAGAGGCAGGAGCUCAAGGAUGUCAUCACAAGCCAGGGACAAGGAAGGAACACACAGGGGCAAACGGGCGUGUGA